AUGUCCGCCCGCCUCGAUCGCCUCGAGAAGGUGUACACCAGGCUGAACGCCCGUCUAUUCGGCUUCAGCGAGGCGUCCGAGCUGGUGCAUCGGCACGCCGUGUUCUACUCCGGCACGGCGCAGGAGUACGACCAAUUGGAGCUGGAGCUGGAGAAGGACGGGCAGGAAGAGGCGGAGGUGGCGGCGGGGCCAGUGGAGGCGGCGACGGGCGUGAAGAAAGAGGAGGGGAAGAAGGAGGACGACGGCGGGGUCGACGACGAGGAGGAUGAGGAAGAGGCGGAGGUGGCGGCGGAGGUGGAGGCGGCGGCGGAGAAGGUGGCGGCGAAGAAGAAAGUGAAGAAGAAGGGCCAGGCGCAGCCGAAAAAAAAGAAGGGCAACAAGGCGGUGGCGGAGAAGAAAGAGAAGAAGAAGAACAAGGACGACAAGAAGAAGGACGUGGCGUCGGAGGGCGGCGACACCGGCGCCGAGGACGACGACGAGGAGGAGCAGGACGAGCCAGUGGAGCACGGCGACGACAGCCACGACGAUGUGCGGGGGCCGGGCCGUCCGCCGAUCUACGAUAAGACGAAGGGGCAGUGCCCGGAGUGUGCCCGGCGGGACGUGAAGCUGACCAAGGCGCUCGGGGUCUUCGCCUGCGACCGCUGCGUGAGGCGCUUCAGGCGCACUGUCCAGCGUCUGCCCAUGAAACGCUGCCUGAACAAGUGCGGGCUGAAAACCCAUUGCGCCUACCACCGUGUCCUCCGCAAGCUGGCUCUCGGCUACAAGCUUCCGAAGGGCAAGAAGAAUAAGCGGUGCCCGGACUGUCGUGCGGUGCCCGUCACCCUGUACAACAGCGUCGGGCCGUUCGUCUGCGCCGGCUGUAUUGACAGAUUCAGGCGGGCAGUGCAGCGGAUGCUCCCAGAGGCCUGCCGCAAGACGACCUGCGGCAUCCGGAGUGAGCUU